UUUCCCUUCCCUUAUGUUCAUCUCUUUUGUCUCUUAAAGUCCUCAUAUGAAUGAAGUCAUAUGAUUUUUGUCUUUCUCUGACUGCCCUUAGUUCCACUCUUACCCUCCUUUGCCUUGUGGCAAAAGGACUCUGAUGAAUUGUUCGAGGCAAUUUAAACUUAUGCCAAAACGUGUAAUUAGGGGAAAUCGUAUUCAGCGGAUUGGUUUUGGAAAUUAGAUCAUGGAGAGUCGGUUAUUCAGAGCUUUGGCUUUGAGGCAUUGAGAAAAUCCCAGCGCCCGGACGAUGCUGUUGGAGGGGUAGCCCCCGUUACACUGAGUGCCGCUAGAUGGCGCCCAAGAAGGCAAAGUCCUCAUCCGGGCCCCUGGGUCCCUUGCAGAAGGAGAGCCUGCAGGUUUCCGCUUCCUCUGGUGAGAUACAGGUCGGCCCUCAGAAUUGCACGGGCACCAACUCUUCCCUGAACUUGGUGCUCAUUCCCACCUGGGUCCUCACGGAGCGGCCUGAGGAAUGCAACCCAGCACACCCCAUGGCAGCCCGCUGGAGCGCCCGGAACCAGAGGAAUGUGGAAGAGGGACAACCCCCUUCCAGCUCGCCCUCGACCUGUCUGGUCUUGGGGACGGACCGUGAUGUGCAUCGUGAUCCUGUAGCACCGAGUGCAUACAGGCAAGUCAGGACAGCCACCUGGGUCACCUCCUGUGAUCCACGUGCCAGUGGGAGGUGGGAGGCCUUCGGGACCCUCAGCUCCGUCACCAUGAGACUUCUCCAGGUGGUCCUCGCUGCUGUGUUUAUCAUUUUCCAGGUACUGCCCGCUGCCACCAGAGCGUUCAACUUUGAAAGACCCUGUUACCUGCGUGGUGGAAUCUGCCUGAAGCGAGGGACCCCAGACUGUGAGCCUUUCCGAGGGCCCUGCCGGGCUUUCACUGUUUGCUGCAAAGUGAAGGGCUUAUGGGGGCGCAGCAGCCGAGAAGCCCUGACUCCCAGGUCCGAAGCAGGGCCCCCUCUGUCCGAAUAAAAGCAAACAACGUUCAGGUCUAACUAAUCAGUCAUCUUAUCUUUAGGAUGGAUUAAAGGAAAUCGUUGUUUUUUGGGAAGGGGGUGUCAGGGAGAGGGAGACAAUUUAAGAAUAAAAUUUUUAUUAUGCUUUA